AUGACACUUGAUAGUUCUAUUCCGAUAGUGAGGGACGCAGAAGUGAAAUUGACUCAAAUAGGUGGAGCUCAAGGAAAAACGGUUAAAUCAAAAGUAGAAACUGUGUUGGGUAAAAAUGAGGGUUUACCUGUAGAUUUAACAUUAAAUGACUUGGUAUUUUUUAAAUAUGCCCCAAUUACAUCAGUGGAUGUGGAACGGUCGUUUUCAAUUUAUAAAAAUAUGCUAACCAACAAUCGCCGUGCACUUAAAUUUGAUAAUAUCAGAAAAUGUUUUAUUGUACAGUCAAACUUUACAGGAGAAGACGAAGAAGAUGAAACCAUGCACAGUAAUAUAAACUAA